CAUAUCACUACCCCAGGACACAGAGGAGAGAGGACUGACUACCUGUCCGAGAGGUGAAUGAUCGCUCCAGUGUUCUGUCAAGGACUUCAAAAUGAGACGUCUUGGGAACUGCGAUUAAAUUAGAUCACGAGAACAAGAACUGCAUAUACUGUUUGGUAUUUGAUUUGGAUCAGCGUGUGUGGUAUGGAUGAACAGUUGGUGAUGGAGGGUGCUCACAACAUCACGCAGCCCUGGUUGGGGUGGGAGGAGGUUUGCUCACUCUCGCUGGGUGGCACCACCUUCCUGAUCAUGGCCUACAGCACCAUGCUGGCUGUGGGUCUCGUGGGAAACACCUGCGUUGUCCUGGUUAUCCUGCGUCAGAAGGAGAUGCACAACGUGACUAACAUCUUCAUUGCCAACCUUUCCUGCUCCGACAUCCUCGUGUGCCUCAUAUGCCUGCCCAGCACCAUCACCUACACACUGAUGGACAGGUGGAUUCUAGGAGUGGCUCUUUGCAAAUUGACUUCGUUCGUCCAAUGUCUGUCCAUCACGGUCUCCAUCUACACCUUGGUGCUGAUCACACUGGAGCGGCAUCAGCUCAUCAUCCACCCUACCGGUUGGAAGCCAGUGCUUGGACACUCGUACCUGGCUGUGGCUGUCACCUGGAUUAUGGGAUGCUUCGUCUCGCUGCCCUUCUUUUCCUUCACCUUGUUGGUUGACUUUAAAUCCCAGAACCUCAGCAUUCCGAUGAAUCCCUCCGAUUCUCACCUGGUCUGCAUGGAAAAAUGGCCAUCGGAGGGGAACCGCUUAGCGUACACUACAUCGCUGCUGGUGUUCCAAUACUGCCUGCCUCUUAUACUCAUCAGCAUCUGCUACUUGCGCAUUUUUCUGCGCCUCAGUCACCGCAAAGACAUUAUCGAGAGGACACGGGAUGCACGUCAACGAAACGCUAAACACUUCAAGCGUAUCAACGCCAUGCUAGCCUCCAUCGUGGCCCUGUUCGCCCUCUGCUGGCUGCCGCUGUACGUGUUCAAUGCCAUUUUCGACUGGAACCACGAGGCAAUCACAUGGUGCCACGACGCUGUCUUUUCAGUGUGUCACCUCACAGCAAUGGCUUCCACAUGCGUCAACCCCAUCAUUUACGGCUUUCUAAACAACAACUUCCAGAAAGAGCUGAAGUCACUGCUGUAUCAGUGCCGAUGCUCGGGAGUUCCCCAGAACUAUGAGAGCUUCCCGCUGUCUACCGUCAGCACUGAUGUGACAAAAGGCUCCAUUCUCAGCAAUGGCUCUGACACCAUCGCCGUCUCAUCGCAACAGCAAGAGAAAGAGUGUUUGUAAAUAAGCACCUCAGACAUGUGCAUUAGACUGAGUUACAGUUGUUGGCUACAUAUGCUCAGUUCUAAUCAGUAAGUCAUCAUCAGCCAACUGCUGGGUCGGAUUUGAAGAUGAUUGGUAGCAAACCAGCAUUUAUUUUGAACAGACCUCACGUUCAAAAUAAUGUAACCCUUAUGAUUUGAGGGCACUGUGUAAAUAUUGAAGAUUAUUUUUUUCUUGGCUAGAUGAUAAAUCUCUCUCUAACUUUGGUAUUAAGUAUAUAAAGGCCUUAAAAGGUAACUUUCACCCGCUAGUCACAAGGUAAUGCACCAUACACUAAAGUAGGUUAUGUAUCACAUGUUCCUCAGAAAUACACUGUGCAUAUGUGUGAUCUUGAACACAUAUUUACAGAAAAGAUGGCAGAGGGGUUCCUUCUCAGUCUUGGGGUGAGUCAGUGUGACUGCUGGAAACAUGUCUGUCAUCUGAAGACAGUAACAUUACAAGAAAAAAGGAAAGGAAAACACAUUCAUGACAACCAGUGAUGGAAAUUUAUGGAUCAAUCAAGAGGACGUGUUCAUAUUGGAGAGACAAUUUUCACAGUGGAGUUGGGAGUUCACAUAAUAUGCUGCGUUGGUGUUACUUGACUGGUAAGCAACAGUGUUAAGUUACGGGGUGUGGCUAAACAUCAAAACAAAGUUCUCUGCAUGAGUCAAGUAUACAAAGCAGCUUUCUAAAAGAUUUCUGAGAGGCCUUUAUGUAAGGCCUUGAUGAAAAACACAACAAAAAUGUGAAUGUAAACAAAAGCCACAUUUGUUUUAUUUCAAAACUAUGUUAAUUCCCUUUAAGUCUGCUUCACCUCUUUUACUUUGCACAGUGCGUGACACUCGCAGUAACACUCGCAGAUUAGUAGAUGCCUCCAAGGUCACAAGGUCAAAUGUGAAGCUAAACUGUAAAUAGUGACGCAUGCCAUUAGCUGUAAUUAGAAUAUUUUUGAUACAUAUAGACGGAUUGUUAAUACUGUAAUAACAUUUAGUCCCCCAAAAUAAAAGAGCUCUGUUUGUUCUUUAAGUGAUAGUGAAAGUUGAAAUAGUGAAAGCCCUUAUUUAUUUAUUGAAUCCAGAGUGUCCACAUUGCAAGGUGACCAAAUCUGAUUUGUUUGUUUGCAUUGUAAUCACAUUUGCUUGAAUAUUCAACACUGGGUUUUGUGGUAAUGGAGCAGGAGUUCGAGUAGUCUGGGGGAGAGGAAAGUUAGCUACUUAGCUUGUUAACACCAGAUUUCAG